AUGAAAGAUGCUUCUAAUAACAACCAGCAGUAGAUAGAGAUCAAUACUUUGAAGGUUAAUGAAUCAAAGAUGUAGUAAAGAAUUUUAGAGCUAGAAAGUGAUAAUCUAAGACUCCAGAACGAGAUAAAGACAUUGAUUGGAGUUAAUUAUAAUAACUAGAAAGAUAAGUAGAUAUAGACUGAUACCUAUUCAGAUAAAAAUGAUGACCCCUCUAAAAAUCCUCAGCUAAUUGUUAAGAAAUAGAGAGAGGAGCUACUUUAGCAUAAGCGGACAAUUAUUGAGCAAAAGGGCAAGAUAGAUCACCUCUAAGAACGUAUAAUUGAGUUAGAACAAGACAUUUAGAUAAGGAAUAAAGCUUUGUAAAAGUUAACUUAAGGCACUUAAAUGGCUUCAGUGAUAGGAUCUGUUAAAGAAAAGAUUAGAGAGGAUUUGAAUCAUAAAUUUAAGAACCUGCAAAGUCAUAUAAAGUCUCUAGAGAAUGUGAUUGAUACUAAUUCUAAGUUGAUUAAAGACUUGACUGAGUCAAUUCAAGAGAAAAACAUUGAGAAUCAGUCUCUAAAAAAUGAGGAUAAAAUUAAGUAAGGGAAGAUUGAGAGUCUAACUAAUAAAACUUUGACUUUGGAAAAAUAAGUCUAAGAAUAACUUAAGAAGGAAACUCAAUUAAGAAUUGAAUUGGAAAAGAUGCUCGUUGAAAGGGAUAAGAAUUUUAUUGAGAAGCAGAUCACUCUGCCUUAGUUACAGUUAUCAACAGAGUAGGUUAUAAUUGCAGAGCUUUAAGAGUAACUUAUUCAUUUUAAGGUUGAAAACUUAAAGCUGGAAGAGGCUAACAGAAAACUUGAGAAUCAAUACAAAAAAGCAGACCUCUCUCAGAAAGAUCUUCAGAAUGAACUCGAAAAGCUUUAAUCUUAGAUUGAUAGGCCAAAUGUUCACUACAUCCUGAAGCAAAUCCAAGUUGAUCCUUAGAACUUAGAGUUCACUGUUGCUAAGAUAAAUGAAGCUCUUUAAUACAUCGAUAGAAACAUUACUAGACACAACUUCAAGGAAGAGUUGUUAAAUUUCUAUGAAGAUAAGCUUAAUUAGCUACAUGAUAAAUAUGAGUACCUCUUGCUUACUCAUCUUUAACAGCAAACUCACUUAGUGAUGUGCUAGUCAUAGUUGAAUUAAAUGAAACUACAAUCAGGGAAUGACUCUGGCAAAAAAGAAGAGGGGAGUGAGUUUUCAAAUCUGCUUCAUUAAUAAUGGCAGUAAACAGAGAAGCAUCUACUUAGAUAUGAACAGUAUUCUAAGGACUAGCUUAACGAAAACAAAAAACUUAAAAUCAAACUCUAAGAAAUAGAGGAAUAGCUUAUCCAGUAUAAGAAGUACGUAGUUUUCGACUAAACCCAAUAUGAAAAGUUAUUGAAGCUUAGAAAUCAAUCACCACUAAGUAAAGAUGAGACUAGCAUCAUUACUCUGUUUUUGUAAAACUAGCAGGCGACAGAGUUCUAGAGAAUGUCUAAAAUUCUAGACACUGUAGUCAAGAGCAAUAUUGAGUUAGAGUACAAGUUAAACCAAAACAACUCUGAGAGAUUGAGGAAUGAGUAUCAUCUGAUUAUUGAAUAGAGAGAGAUGUAGAUAAGAUAGUCAAGAUCAAUGGAGACUCCUAAUUAAUAGAUUAGAAAGUUGGAGCAUUUGGUUAAUGAGAUUCAAAUUGAUACCUAAACGAUUGAGUUAAUGAACAGACCUGAUAAUAAUGCUUAAAUUAUGCUUAGAGAAGCUUUCGAUUAUCUAGAUCAGAUUUCAGACAUUAUCAAUAGCGUAAUGGGAGAACAAAAUAACAGUAGCGCAUUUAACUUUACACUUAACGCCAAUUAAACCCUGAUAAAGGAUCCAAUUAACCAAGCUGCAAAUAAAACUUAGAAUCAACUUCCUUAAAAACAAGAUAAAAUCUAGCCUCAAGUCCAAAAUCUAAAUAAAACUCAAGAAUAAAUGAAUAAGAAAAAAGUACAGACCACUAAUCUAAUAACCAUAGAAGGCAAAAAGCCUAGAUUUGCUAAUGAUUAUGAUAAGAAGGCUAAGUAGCCUUAGGCAAGGAUUAAUGUGAAUAAAAUAUUGGGAGACAUCAUGGACAGAUAGAGGGAAUGCUUUUUGAAGCUAUCAGCAACUUAAAAAGAACUUGUUUAAGAGUAGAAAAUCAGAAAUAGAUAAGCUUCAGAUAGUCUAAAGGAGAUUUCAAUACUUAAAGACUCUUUACUCAAUAGAUAGUCAGAGAAUCAAGAACUAAUCAAUGAGAUUAAAAAGAUUCUCGUGUCUAAAAAUGAACUGACUAAUUAACUUAUUGUAAGAGACUUCAUGAUUACAUAGGUGAUUCCUCCUUAACCUAUAUAAGGUAAAACUUCCCCAAAAGCAUAAAAAGCAGUUCAAAAGAAAGAUCCCCAAGUAAAUAAGCUUGAAGGUUUGACAAAGAUUAAUAAUUUUUUAAGAAAAAAAGAGCUCUUGGCUAGAGAAGAAUGUGAUCUGCUAAAACAUAAGCUGGAUAAAAUGGAUAAAGAGAGAUUAUCACUAAAUCUUGAUAAUAAAAAAUUAACUGAAUAAAUCAGAUAUCUGCAAUAAUUGAUUAAAAAUUAGAGAGAGCAGUUUAGGAAGUUUGGAGGAAUAUCAGAGUCUAAAGAUGAUUAAUCUAAUAUUGGAAAUGCUGAUAUUCCAGAUGACGAUAUAGUCAAAUAUCUGGUCUAGAUUGAUGAGUUAAAUUAAAAGAAUUCAGAACUAGAAUAUAUGCUCCAGAUAGCUUUACAAGGAAGUCUUGAGAAGGAAAAGCUAAUGCGAGGAACUGAAGAUAUUAUACUUUCAAUGAAUACUAACUUGGAAUAAAUUACUCAUCUAAUUCAAUCCCAGCUUCCAAUAGCCUAAAAGCCUAUAGAAAAAAUUAAUAAACUUCCUAGACUACCUGCAUUCACUGGUCCAGAAACUGUUUAUGAAAGACUGAAUGUCAUAAAUAAGUAUAUUGGGAGUUGGUAUCAAGUAGUUUCAGAUCAAAUUACUGCAUUAUAAAAGUAAAAAGAUACUCUAGAAACAAUGAAACCAUCAAAUCAAACUAUCACACAGGCAGAACAUCAAGCAAAACUUGAGAAGUACUUGAAUAUAUAUUCUGCUAGAAUUCAAACACUUUCCUCAAUUAUAGCCUCUUAUCAAAGACAUUUCAAAACUUUAGAGGAUCAAAUAAGAGAUUUGCAGAAUAUUCCAAAUAUCUAGGCUAUCAAUCAUGGACCUACAUAAAAAUAGAUCGAGUCUUCAAGAAUUGAAUCACUAAAACGAAUGAUUAAUCUCAAAGAUAUACUAAUCAAGCACUAAUAGAACGAAAUUGAGCUUAUUAAAAAGACUAUUAUAGGGGAUAAAUUCAACGAGAAUUGUGUAUAUUACGUUAGCAAUGAGGAAAAAGAAGCAAUACUUAGCAUGAGGAAAUUUGAUAUGCAGGUCAAAGUCAUUUAAGACUAUGAAAGAUAGGUUUUAUUAACAAAAGAAGAUGAUGUCAAAAAAGGAGAAGAGCAUGUUUAUUUAUAAAAAGUAAAUGAAAAGAUUUAAAACGACUUAAUCAAUGUCAAUGAAGUAUUUCAAACAAACUUCAAUGAUAAUAAAAUAUCCCAAAAGAUUAAAGGUACUGCUGACACAAAAGUAAAAGAAGCUAAUUAAGAUUAUGACCUUGAAGAUAAGCACUAAAAGCAGAAGGAAUAUCUCUAAAAGUGGCUCAAUAUGGUAUAAGAUUUACUAUAGAACCAGUUUAACUCUGAAAAGUGUAAAUUCUAUGUGGAAACUCUGAAUCAAGAGCUACCAAUUAUUUUGAGCUUGAUGUAAAAUUAAUACUCAAGCAUCGAUAACUUAUUUGAGGAAUCUAGAAGUUAGAGUUAUCUAGAGAAGCAAACAUUAGGUAAUUAUGAGAAAUCGUAUCUGAAUUAAAGGAUCAAAGAAUUAGAAGAGGAUCAUUUAUAGCUAAACGGUAAGGUUUAAAAGCAUAAAGAUCAGUAGAAUUACUUAAGAUCAAAGAAUUAGUAGCUAUAAGAGCAAAAUAUUCUUUUGAAAAAAUUCUUGCAUUCUAAGAAAGCAAUGGCUGAUGAUUUCAAACAUUUCUAUAAAGAAGAUUUGAUAAAUGAAAAUUAAUUCUUAAGAUCUCAAAUUCUAACUCUAACUCCAUAUAAUGAAGCAUUAGCCCUAGAAAUUGCUACUCUUAAGCAAUAAGUGCUGGAUCUUAAUCACAAGUUACUUAAGCAAGACGAAAGACAUUUAAGAGAAUAGGAGUUAUUUCAAAAUUUAGAGCAAACACUUUUAGACACUUAAAAGAAAUUAAUAGAGAAGGAUAGUGAAGUGAUAAGAAUGAUUAAAGCAUAAAAAGAGACAUUAUUCAAAGGAAAUUAGGAUUAGGCCCUGGAUUUGCUCAUAAAUACAGCAGAUACAUUGAAUAAGGAAACAUUAAGACUUAGGGAGCAGAAUUGGCAAUUAAGUUAAAAUCUCAAGAGUAAGAGAUUGAGUCUAGAAGUUAAAACUCAAAAGAUAAAGGAGAGCAAAAAUAUAUUGAGGUAAUAUGAAGAAAAGAUAAGAGAGCUAAUAAUAGAUAAUGAAAAAUUGAAAGUACUAAAAGUGCCUUAACAAAUCUAGGAUGGCUAAUUUAGCACUCUUCUUGGAGUGGAGAAUACUUCAUCUAUUAAUAAAGAUAAACUAAUUUAUGAGAUAGGAAAAGAUGGAGCAAAUGUUGUGAUUAAAUUCCUAGAUGAAAUAGCUCAUUACAAGUAAUCAAUUCAUGAACUUGCAAAUGAAAUGUAAGAACUUAAAGUCAAGAAUACUACCUUAAUGCUAUUACUAUAAGACAAAUCAGAAAAACUUUAGCAAUGCGAGAAUACUAUCAAACAAUAGAAAAAGGCUUUAGGCAAUAAAGAUGAGUCAUUAGAAAAGAUUGAAUUUAUGUAUCAGAAAUUAAAUGAUGAUUUUAUAGCGCAGUAAUAAGCGUUAGAUGUGUAUGUUGAAUUAGCUAUUCCUGUGAUAGGAAAAAAUUAAAUCAUAGCUUUUUCGAGAUGUGUAGAUAAUGCUAAGUUAAUAGCUUUAAUGCUUAAUGAUGUUUAAAAAUAGCGGAAUUAUUACUAUGAAGCCUCAAUUUAUUAUGAAAGACUUGCACAUAUAUUAGGAGAAUAAUUAAAAUGUAAAGAUCAUGAACUUUAAAAGAUUCAAAAGCAAAAUAAACUUAUAUAAACAAAAAUUCUACACUACACACUUCAAACUAAGUUAAGCUAAGGUAUCUUGUCAAGAUACGAUAAGGACUUCGAUUAUAUUUCAAAGAUAGUGUAAGAAUCAAACUUGGGUAUUGAGCCACAAUAAAUAGUAAAAUUGAAUGAAAAUUCUCCGACGAAAGGAAAAGAUUAGGCCAUUAAUGAAAGUCCUUAGCCUAGUUCAUCCAAGAAGGGUGUUUCAUCGAAAAUGGAUCAUCAUAAAAUUACUUUGAUCCCCACUUAGUAGCAAGAAAAGAAAACCUUUCAAUAUCAGAGAUCGUCAUUAUAAUAUCUUCUGAAUACUUAACUUGAGCUGAAUAAGUUUAAAUCCUAAUUUAUUCAAUAUGACUCUAAAAUCAAGGUAUUGAAGACUAAAAACAUGCAUGACCUUUCGCUGAUAUCAUUCUUUGAGCAGGAACACAAAGUGAUUUAGACUUAAAACAUUAAGAUGAGUAAUUUAAGUACCUAAAUAUAAUCAGAAAACAGCAAUCUGAUGCUCUAGAAUAUUUACCUAUCAAGGUUAUGCCUAUAUUCUUAUAGAGAAAAUACUUUAAUUUUCAAGCGAAAUGAUGAAGAGGAUCAAGAACAAGUGGAAAAACUAAUGUCUAUAGAAAUUGAUAAGUUAAGAAUAGAAAAUAGACUGUUAUAAGAAAGAAAUGAUUCAUUAGAAAAAUCAAUAACUCUUCUGAAGUAAGAAAACAAUACUUAAAUUAAAGGAUCAUUACCCCAAGGUUAAAAUUAUGGUUAAUAAAAGUAUAAUCACAGAUUAGAACUAUUAGAGAGAGAGCUGUAGUAAUAGAUAGAAUGGAAUACUUAAUUAGAGAAAGAAAUUCUCUCAAAGUCAGCCCAAAUAGAGGCCCUUUCUAAGAUCCAUAAUGAUUUUUCCUAAGUAAGUGUGCUUCAGCAAAUUCCUUAGCAUGUUCAAUCUACAACUGCAGCCUAAACUUAACUAGAAAAGGUUAAAAUGCAGAUCAAUAAUACAUCCACUUAACAACAUCAAAAUGAUAACGAUUCAAUCCUUAAAAAUCUGAGGUAAGAAUAUGUCAAAUUAGAGGCUUCAUUAACAAAGCUACAUGAAAAGAUUUACAUCCUGGAAAAUAAGAAUACUUAAAAGGAUUAGAAAAUUUAGUUAUUGAGCAAUAAAGUGAGAGAAAUGGAGAAAUAAUUGAUGCAAUAGGAUGAUAAUGAUAAUCAAAAUUAAUUUGCAAGAGUUAACAGUUCAUAAUAAAACUUGAUUGAUUCAUAAAAAGGCAAAGAUAGUCUCUUUGUAAGUGGAAGAGAGAUUACAAUGUAGUAGGAUAUUGAUGAAAUUUGGAAAAAGAUGUCCGAACUUAACAGUUUAAAGAAUAAAUUGUACGAAAGAAAUGAUGAUUUGAGAGUUGAGAUUGAAUCAUUUAAGACUCACUUUUCCAAAUAUGAAGCUUAGGAAUUUAAGAAGAAGGUCUAAGGGUAGGAAUCAUUUUAGUAUUAGCUAUAUAAUGAACUAAACCUACUGAGAGAGGAAAGAGAUAUACUAAUUUGGUAACUGAAUAAGCAAGCCUCAUAGAUUCAGGAUUAGCAGUCAUAACUUGAGAUAUGCAAAUAAACUGCUAUUCCAGAGCUUUAGAGUCAUAUUAGAAAAUAAGAAGAAAAUGACUUGAAUUACUAGAAAGAAAUCCAGCUAAUGAAAGAAUAAUUCUUGCAAAAUACAAUAACAUAAAUUUAAGGACAUAAGGAUUUUGACAGUAUUAAGACAAUGCUUUAAUUAUUUGAAGGUGGUAGAUUGAAAAGAGACAAAAUUUAACUGGUUUAUGAAAAUGCAAGAUUAAGAAGGGAAAAUAAUGCUUUCAAAAAAGAAGUAGACAGCAUAAAAAAGAUAAAAGAUGAAUCAAUAGCAAGAGAGUUCUUAAACAAAAAGCAGAUAGUUGAAUUAAAGAAUGAGCUUGUUAGAUUGAGAGUCACCUAUGAUAUGGGAGAGUAUCAAAAUAUGGUUGUUGGCAAAUCACCAUCCAAAACACAUGCCAAAAAAUCCUAGACUACUGAUGACUAAUAACCAACUUCUGAUAAGAUUAAACAAUAUGUAGAAGAUUUAGUAGUGGUUAGAGAGAGUCUACUUAAAAUUGAGUUCAAAAACAUAGAAUUAGAAGAAUAAAUUAAUAAGAAAGAGAAUUCCAUAGAAGAGCUAAGCUAACAUGUUAAAGACCUUCAGACAUAGCUAAAUAUGUAUGAAAAAGGCCUUGUCUCUAAGCAAAAUAACAAUCAAAAGAAUCUACAAUAAGAUAUGUCUGAAACAUUCAUUACAAAUGUCAAUAGUGAGUAGCAGAAUGAUUAUACUGAUUAAGCAGAGUUAGAUUAGUUUACCAGAUAAGUUGUAGAUUUGCAGCAGAGACUGAUGGAGGAGUAGUGGAAAUCAAAUCAGCUUCAGACUAAAAACUAAGAGCUAACUCUCAAAAAUAAAGAACUCAUAUUAAUUUAAGAGAAGUAUCUUGAGGAAGUUAAGGAACAUUAAUAGCUCUCAGCAACUAUCUCUAUAAUGUAAAAGUAGAUCUAGGAUCUGCAGAAGCCACAUCAGUAAAUAGAAGUAUUUUAGGAUAAAAGUGAUAUAGUCUUUUACGAUAUGUUGAAAGAGAGGUUCUUGAUGUACUUGGCUUUAUACAUCGAUGAAAUAAGAUGGAAGAAUAAGUAACUUCAGCAAGCAUAAGAAAAGUAUAGAGUAGGUUAAGAUUAGAUGGUGAAACUAGCUAUUCAGAUUGAGACAUUUAAUAAGGAAAGGGAGUCUUACAAGACUCUGAUUGAUAAUCUUGUAAGCCAAAAAAUUAACUAGCUAGAGCAAGAAUUCGUUACUACUGCCUAACAUGAAGAGGGAUUAUCAAAACUUGAGGUUCAUAUUAUGAAUCAGAGAAAAAAGCUAAUCUAGCUCAAAUCUUAGCUAGACAUAAUCAGACAUGAGAGUGAGAUCAAAGAUCAAAAUAUUAAAGCAAUGAAUGAGAUCAUCCGUAAUCUUGAGAGACAUUCUUUAGAAUAUAACUCAGAACUAACCGAAUGCAAAGAUGAAUGCGUUAAAUUGAGAGGUGAUAGGGAAAGAUAUGAGUAAAGAGUGGCAUUUAUGUGGGAAAGGCUAGAUUUCUAGCAAAAACUUCAUCAUAAAGUUGUUACAAAUAAUGCCACUCUAGAAUAAGUAAUUAAAGUUUAUAAAGAUGAGAUUGGACAACUUAAGGCAUUUUUACAUUUGAAUAUCGGCGCAAUCAAGAAUAACACUGGCUUGAAAGGGAAUAAGUUGAUUCUUUCUAGUGAACAAAAUAUUGAUACUACUAAAAGUCAUGUCAUUUAGAUUGAGGGAGAAUUAGUUAGAUUGAAGAAUAAAGAUUUGAUUUAAGACGAGAAGAUUAUGAAGCUCACUAAUGAAAAUGAUGACUUAAAGCAAUACAUUCGAUUGGCUGAUAUGUUAAGAAAAACUGUAGGCAUAGCAGAAUAAGAAAGAGAAGCACUUAACUCAUAGAUCUUAAAAAAGCGAGCAAAACUUAGAGAGUUAAAGCAAAAAUAUCUAAGAGAAUCUAAAGAUAAGGAAAAACUGAAGGAGAGAGUAGAUUUCUUGGAGAAGUAAAUAGCAGAAAUAAGGUCUGGAGAUCUCUAAAGUAAUGCUUAUGUCAAGGCACUACUAACUGAAAAUGAAGAUGAUAAAUAUUUACUCUAGAAUCCAAGAGAAUUACUAAAUAUGAAUAAUUCUUUGAAAUAGUAAGUCAGAGAGCUUGAGGCAUAUAAUUUUGGAUUGAAAUAGUAACUUACAGAAAAGGAUGGUUAGUUGUAAAGCAUAUAGACAGGUAAUUCAAAGAAUAAUAAUUCUGAUAAGAGGUAGACGAGGACUGUAACUCCAGUCAGAAUUAGAGAAAUGCAAUUGAAAUCUAAUGGAUUUAGUACAACUAACAUGAGUUAAAGACUUAACAAUCUAAGACAGAAUCAGCCACCAGAUUUAAAUAAUGAAUUCUAUUAUGGGCAAAACAAUAGUGUUGACCCUUUGGUUCAAUUAAAGGAUGAUAUUUAAGAAGCUUUAAACGAAAGGUAAAUUACAGAAAAUAAUCUAGGCAAUAAUAAUAUGCAAAGUAGUACUUUUACCAAGCUUCCUAAGAUUGGAAACUCUAACUAUGUGACUUUACAGUCUUAAUAUGAAAAUCAGCAAAGUGGUAAAAAUUUAACAUAGACAAGCUUUGAAAAGAGGAACAUGACUCCCUUACCUGGUAGGAUGAAAGCUACUCAUACAAGUCUUGGCUAUGCUAUGGAUGAAUCUGAUAAGCCACCCAAGCCAAACUUGCAAAAUAAGACUCCAAUAAUUAAGAAUAUGAUUAGUUUGAAGGGAAGUAAGCAGAUGGGGCAAGGAGUUCCAAGAAAUAAUAAAAAUUUAGGUGAACAGAGUAUUGAUGGCUAAAUGCAAUUUGAAUCAUAUAGAGAUGUUGACCAAAACAAUUCAAACAGUGGAAUUGGACCAUAACUUAACCCAUAAGGAGCUUAACUUAAUCAUAGAAAUAGCAAGAGUAAUAACUUUAUCUUUAAAGAGACACUGUGA